AUGGAACAACCAUCAGUAACCUUUACCGCCACCAAAUCUGUUGAUUACCUCGGUCAAUCUCACAAAUGGACUGAAAGUGAAGUUUUGAGCUCCUACAAAGAAAUUUCUAAACAGCUCAAGACAGUUCAAGAGAAAUUGCGUGAAGAGAGUGAACAAAAGUUAAGGAGCAGGACCAAAAAGGGUUCUUCACGUUCCGCUCCAUUAUCUCAAAAAGUUUCCCAAGUUUCUUCAAAAUCACAGCAACCCCCGCGUGGAAAAAAUGACGCAAUCAUAGGAAACAUUAGCAGGCAACUCAAACAGCAGAAGGACGAGUGCGCUUUACGUGCUGAAGAAAAACGAUUAAUUCGCAUGAAAAAUGCUUUAUGGAGAAAAAUGGGCCCGGCGGUUGGCUGCGUUGGCAAGGGAAAUAAGCUUGUAUCUCCAAAGACUUUGAAAUGGCAAAAGGAAUGCGACAUCCUUUGGUUAUUUGGUCCUCUUUACCAACCAGAUAAUGAUCCAUUCAUGGAAGACGAUGAUGAUUCGACCUUGGUAGGAAGUCCACCGGCCACUUGUUGCCCACCUUCACCUGUAUUGUCACCACUGUCAUCCUAUUCUUCUUCUCCAAGCUCACCCUCAAUCUACAUCAAACCGGCCCUCAAGAAACCCGUGGAGUAUGAUCCUUUGAAAGACCUCGUUUCUUACGCUUGUGAAGUGUUGGCCAAUGAAAAAACUUACUCUGGACGUCGCCAUACGACUCCCCUUCCCAUUAAACCUAAGAAAUCAAUCAGCUUCAGUCGUAACCUUGAACAAGUUCAUUAUACUCCCACGCAUUACACAAUGCGACCUUCUCCCACGAGGCGUAGAAUGAGCAACCCAUUUUUCGUAAAGAUGGAAGAGGAUUUGUCAAAUGGAAAGAAUGUUGAACAAUACGAUCAGAUAUUUGCAUGGGCUAAAGAACAAGUCAAAUCCACCGGUAAAGUCCAGCUAUUCGGUGAGGACGCUUACACAGCCGCCGCAGCCAAAAAGAAGGCAUCAGCCCAUUCUAAAAAUAACUUUGUCGAUCCAAGAUAUAUGAGUUCCCACGUGGCUGUCGAUGGCGAUUCUGAAACUGCAGAAUCAGGAGUUGUACAACGCUGUGUAAACGUUGCAUCUAAUGUCAAAGAUGUUGUAAGCUGGUGCGGUUCCAUGUUAUGGAACAGUACCGUUUUUUAA